AGCCACCCCGUGCCCUACUCUGGCGGUUGAAUUUUGGUGUGGGCGAUGUGAUUCCCGUUUUUCCUUUUGAAGCUUUAAAAGCAUGAGAAAUUAAAGCGAAGCCGGCAAAAGCUCUCGAAUGCACAAGAACUGACGGGCGACGAACGAGCGCUCGAUUCAAAAAAUCUCCGCCUUUUUAUGCAUAGACCCUUUUGUGCAUAUGCCAAAGGGAGAGAGAGAUUGUUCAAAAUUCUUGAUUUGUCUGAUUCUUCAUCCUCCUUUCUCGUUGGAAUUGAGUAACGCAUAUUCACGCUCUCCCUUUCUUUCUCAGAGCUUGCUUCUCCAUGCGUUGAAGUAGACCAAUUCGUAAAACUUCUCUCGUCAUUCAUUUCCGGGCCAUCCUAAAACUACCCUUGUUGGUUUUUGUAAGUGACCCGGGAUCGAUUCUUGUUCAGAAAUGAUUUCUGGACGUCCUUUUCGAUGACCCUUUUGACAUUAGGCAACCAUUUCGGUGUCCACCCCAUGAAAAUGAGUGUUUUCUUUUUUACCAUUUGCUCAUUGAGUAAGAGUUGAGAGAUGCAGUUUUUUCAGAGAAGCGAGUUUUUGAGAUGAGGGGAGUGUGAGCGUCGGUGGUGAUUAUGGGAAGUGGAAGAGUGGAGGUCAUCAGUAGCAAAGGGUGUUCGAAAUUCGUGGUUGGGCUCUCGGCUUCAUUGCCGUCUUUUAGAGGUCUGCAAUCGUUGGAGCCAACCAUGUCUCCUGCUCCAUCUUCGGUCGGGUCUCAGCCAGGAACACGAUUGAGUGGUCCAUUUUCAGGGCUUGUAAUAUGCGUCACUGGUCUAUCUAAAGAAGCAAGGAAACAGGUCAUGGAUGCAACGGAGAGAUUAGGUGGAAAAUAUAGCCCCGAUUUACAUCCUCAGUGUACCCAUUUAAUCGUCCAGAGUUUUGGUGGACGGAAGUUUGAGCAUGCUUUGAAGCAUGGACCCAAAAAUGGUCUCUUCAUUGUGACGCUGGGAUGGUUUGUGGAGAGCGUCAAGAGGAAUGUGAGGUUGAGUGAGACAUUAUACAGUGUUAAGACUGUUGGAGAUAGCGGCGGUCGAAUAGAAGCGUUGCAUCAGGCUCGUGGGAUUACUGGUGCUGAGAAUUCUUGUCUUCCUGCCAGUAUUCACGAAGCCAAGAAACUUGAAAGGACUGAAGAGUCACGCCUUUUGUCUUCGGGAAGAGAAUCUCAAAGAAGUGUUGAUUUGGUGACUUUAUCUGGUCAGUCUGUUUACUUAGAUUCAGACAUUUCGGCUGAACUACAGAACAAGGUGAUUGAUGCAGCCACUAGAGAAGGCGCCUCAGUUGUAGAUAAGUGGUACAUUGGUAGCAAUGCUCAUGUUGUCUGCGAAGGGAAUUCCAUCAGAAGAUAUCUUGGCCACUGUAAUAAUCUUGUCACUCCACUGUGGCUUUUGAAGACAGCAAAAGAGCAACAUCUCCGGAGGCUCGUUCACCUAUCUGCUGAUUUGGCCAGGCAGCUGGGAAUGAUGCUUGAUAAUUAUCAUAAUGGUCCUCUGAAGGAGGAAACAAAGAAGAAUGACGUCGUCUUCGAAGGCCUGAGCUAUAAAGCCAGUCAUGAAGAAAGACAAAAAAUUGUAAAUUUUGCUAAGAGUGCGGUGAGAAAUCGUCGUGGCCGCAAAAUGCAGACGUGCCAGACCCCGAUACGGCCAAUAACCUCAAGCAGUCUUCUGGAUUCCAUUUGCUGGUCCAUAUCUGAGCCAACUUCAACUGCUUCCAUUUAUACGGAUUCGUUUAGUUCUGAUGAUGGCCGUGAGAAUCAUCCACGCGCGUUCUUUGAUGCAAAAGGCGAUGGCAAGGAUUCAGAAUCUUCUUUUGCAAACUUAACGAGGCCACUCACUGAAAGUGAGAAGAAAGAGUUGAUUUUCAAAGACCACUUUCUCACUAUACUGCUCCCAGUUGACCGCUUUGCUGAAAUGGGGCCGUCUUCAAGGACAUUUUUCAGCGACAAAGGUUUUACGUGCAUUCAGGUGUUGGAUCAUAUUUAUGCUUUUUAUCAGGAGAACAUGUCAGCUCAGGAAAUAGAGGUUGCCAUUCACACAGAUUCAAGGCAUGCUGACCGGCUUAGAUCAGUGUACUGUAGUAAAGAAACUGCUGAUUGUGGAUUUGUGGCGUUCAAAAGGAUUGACUUCUUGGGUAGCCGCAGGAGCUUUGAAAUGCUAAAGCGGGUCAACGGGGACAACAAUAGCAACGUAUAUGAACUGUUGGUUAGAGCAUAGUAAUGACUGCGUCGGAUCUUGAGCCGUGUCCAGUAUAUUGGAAAGUCAGCACUUAGCUGAUUUGAUUUAAGAGGGAGAUAUCGUGCUAAGCUGACUGAACAACCCCGGCUUCCUUAGCGCAAAUUCUAUUUUGAAGAGGAAUGAAUAAGACAACACUUUUAUUUGCUCGUGAUUUGGUGUGCAGGGUAGUCGUCAUAAAGUUGUAUACUCAAUAGGUUCAUUUCCUAGAUAGGAAUACCUGAUGUUGGUUGUCUAUUA